GUAGCGAGUCGGUCGGUCGGUCGGUUGAAGAGGCCAAGAGUUUUUACGGGCGAAAUUCGAGUAAAAAUUACGUUUUUUUGCACUGAAAAAAGUCGGCUAGUGCAAAUAUCAGUGCUGUGUAUUCGUGCGCACUCGAAAAGUGGCAAUAAAAUGUGCAAUUGUGCGGCUAGCUAAAAGCUUAAAUGUAAAUUGGAUACCCGCAAAACCGCUAGACAACAACAAUAUGGAAACGCUGGAGUUGAAUUAAAUAUAAAAAAAUAACAAAAAUUAAAAACCAAAACCUAACAAUAGCAAUAAAAACGCUUGCAAAAUUAUUUUAUACAUGCUCCUCCGGUGCUCAGUGCUGCUAAUUUUGGGCAGAGGAGAGUUUAAUCUCGGGCAGCGGUGCGCUGCCAACAGGAAGGAAGAGGAAGCAUAAUCCACUCUAACUUAUCCGCAGGCCGCAGCUAAAUAAUAUAUAAAAAUAAAAAAAAAAAAUACAUACUACAAACACGGUUAUUUGUUGUUGUUCCGUUCGUCGUUCUUGGACAACCAUCAAGUAUCAACAAUAAAGUAACAACACCAACAACAAGCAGCAGCAACCAACAACAACAACAAUGUACCCCCAACCGGUGCGUCACCCCGCCGCCGGGGGACCACCACCUCAGGGCCCAAUCAAAUUUACCAUUGCCGAUACAUUGGAGCGCAUCAAGGAGGAGUUCAAUUUUCUGCAGGCGCAAUAUCACAGCAUCAAAUUGGAGUGCGAGAAGCUGGCAACAGAAAAGACAGAAAUGCAGCGCCAUUAUGUUAUGUACUAUGAAAUGUCCUACGGCCUUAAUGUGGAAAUGCACAAGCAAACGGAAAUCGCCAAGCGUCUAAACACACUGAUCAAUCAGCUACUUCCAUUCCUACAGGCCGAUCACCAGCAGCAAGUGCUGCAGGCGGUAGAACGUGCGAAGCAGGUCACAAUGCAGGAGUUGAAUCUGAUCAUAGGGCAUCAGCAGCAACAUGGAAUACAACAACUUUUACAACAAAUACACGCACAACAGGUGCCUGGAGGGCCGCCACAGCCGAUGGGCGCACUGAAUCCAUUUGGCGCCUUAGGUGCCACAAUGGGCCUGCCACAUGGUCCACAAGGUUUGCUCAAAGCGCCGCCAGAUCAUCACAGGCCGGAUAUAAAGCCAACUGGAUUGGAGGGACCAGCGAGCGCCGAAGAGCGUUUGCGCAAUUCGGUUUCACCAGCGGAUCGUGAGAAAUAUCGUACCCGUUCGCCCCUGGACAUUGAGAAUGACCCGAAGCGUUUAAAAAAUGAGAAACUGCAAGACGAUGAAGGCGAGAAAAGCGAUCAAGAUUUAGUCGUAGAUGUUGCAAAUGAAAUGGAAUCCCACUCACCACGACCCAAUGGCGAGCACGUGUCCAUGGAGGUUCGCGAUCGUGAGAGCUUAAAUGGCGAGCGUCUGGACAAACCGGGAAGCAGUGGCAUUAAACAAGAACGGCCGCCCUCACGUUCCGGCUCCAGUUCGUCGCGUUCCACACCCAGCCUCAAGACAAAAGAUAUGGACAAGCCGGGUACACCGGGAGCGAAGGCACGUACACCGACACCAAACGCUGCCGCACCAUCUCAGGGCCCAAAUCCUAAACAAAUGAUGCCACAAGGUGGCCCACCGCCGGCUGGGUAUCCAGCGUCGCCGUAUCAGCGACCGGCCGAUCCCUAUCAGCGUCCGCCAUCGGAUCCCGCCUAUGGACGACCGCCGCCAAUGCCGUACGAUCCGCAUGCGCAUGUACGAACAAACGGCAUUCCACAUCCCUCGGCACUAACUGGUGGAAAGCCUGCAUACUCUUUCCAUAUGAACGGCGAGGGCAGCUUGCAGCCGGUGCCUUUCCCGCCGGAUGCGUUGGUGGGCGUCGGCAUACCGAGACAUGCGCGGCAAAUUAAUACGUUAUCACAUGGCGAGGUCGUGUGUGCGGUUACAAUUUCAAAUCCUACAAAAUACGUUUAUACGGGUGGCAAGGGUUGCGUCAAGGUGUGGGACAUCUCGCAGCCGGGCAACAAAAAUCCCGUUAGCCAGCUGGAUUGCCUGCAGCGCGAUAAUUACAUACGCUCAGUGAAACUGCUGCCGGAUGGACGCACACUUAUUGUCGGUGGCGAGGCAUCGAAUCUAUCCAUAUGGGAUUUGGCCAGUCCAACGCCACGCAUUAAGGCCGAGCUAACCUCAGCGGCGCCUGCAUGUUAUGCGCUCGCCAUCAGUCCCGAUUCGAAGGUGUGCUUCUCAUGCUGCAGCGAUGGCAACAUUGCCGUUUGGGACUUGCACAAUGAGAUACUGGUGCGUCAGUUCCAGGGCCACACGGACGGUGCCUCGUGCAUUGACAUUAGUCCGGAUGGCUCGCGAUUAUGGACUGGCGGCUUGGAUAACACUGUGCGCUCGUGGGAUUUGCGCGAGGGUCGUCAACUACAACAACACGAUUUCAGUUCUCAAAUAUUCUCGCUUGGCUAUUGUCCAACAGGUGACUGGCUGGCCGUUGGCAUGGAGAAUUCACAUGUGGAAGUAUUGCAUGCAUCAAAACCGGACAAGUAUCAGCUGCAUUUGCACGAGAGUUGUGUGCUGUCGCUGCGAUUUGCCACCUGCGGCAAAUGGUUCGUUUCCACCGGCAAAGACAACCUGCUUAACGCAUGGCGAACACCUUACGGUGCCAGUAUAUUCCAGUCAAAGGAAACAUCAUCCGUACUUAGCUGCGACAUAUCAACUGACGACAAAUAUAUUGUGACGGGUUCGGGCGAUAAGAAGGCUACUGUCUAUGAAGUUAUUUAUUAAAUGAAAAACACACACACAUACACAACAGAGGAAAUCCACACUUUUCAUUUUGUAAUAAGCGCAUAUAGGUUUUUAUUACAACUACAAAAAGAAAACAAACAACACACAAGAGAAGAAUACACAACCCAUGUUCGAUAGCUAGAAACAACAAGAACAACACGAACAUAAGCAUCAACAGAAAGCAGAGCAACGGCAGCAGCGCCAUGCAUAAAAGAGAGCGAAGCAAAAAGAAAAAUUCUAUAAUAUAAAUAUAUUAAAACAAAAACAAACAAGAAAGAAAAGAAAAAUCUAAAAAUUUAAGCGUACUUCUAGCUACUAAGCUUAAGCUAAGUCCAAUAAAAAGUUGAACACAAAUUGCAAAGUAAAACAAAAAGAAAACUAAACGUAAAACAAAAUAAUAAUACGAAAACAUAAUAAUAUUGUAAUAAUAAUGAUGCAAAGCGAGAAAAUGGAAAACUAUAAAUAACAAACAAACAAA